ACUAUACGCUGACCAUGUAUUUCCAACAGUACUGGAGGGACAAGCGUCUAGCCUACAUAGGAAUUCCUCUCAACUUGACCUUGGAUAACAGGGUUGCCGACCAGCUGUGGGUCCCUGACACCUACUUCCUCAACGACAAGAAGUCUUUCGUCCACGGAGUCACAGUCAAAAACCGUAUGAUCCGCCUGCAUCCAGACGGAACCGUUCUGUAUGGCCUCAGGAUAACUACAACAGCAGCGUGUAUGAUGGAUCUCAGGAGGUAUCCCCUGGACGAACAGAACUGCACUCUGGAGAUAGAGAGCUAUGGCUACACCACAGAUGACAUCGAGUUUUACUGGAAAGGAGGCGAGUCGGCUGUAACGGGGGUGACAAGGAUUGAGUUGCCUCAGUUCUCCAUUGUCGAUUACAAGUUGGUGUCCAGAAACGUAGUCUUUUCCACAGGUGCCUACCCUCGACUGUCUCUGAGCUUUAAGCUGAAGAGGAACAUUGGCUACUUCAUCCUGCAGACGUACAUGCCAUCGAUCCUGAUUACCAUCCUCUCCUGGGUCUCCUUCUGGAUAAACUAUGAUGCGUCAGCAGCCAGAGUGGCUCUAGGGAUCACCACGGUGCUGACAAUGACCACUAUCAACACCCACCUGAGAGAGACGCUACCCAAGAUCCCCUACGUCAAGGCCAUCGACAUGUACCUGAUGGGCUGCUUCGUCAUGGUCUUCCUGGCCCUGCUAGAGUACGCCUUUGUCAAUUACAUCUUCUUUGGAAGGGGCCCUCAAAUGCAAAAGAAGCUAGCGGAGAAGGCAGAGAAGGCCAACAAUGAGAAGGCAGCCAAGUACGACGCUGCGAGGGAGGCAGGUAGUAGGACCGCAUCCCUAAAACGGUCCAAUCAGGUUAAAGGUCUUCGCCACUCACGCUCGGUGAGUUGUUUGUUCAGUGAGACUCUUCAAUAUCCUUGAGUCAACUCUGCCAUU